GCGCGCCGCCCGCCGGGAACAUGGCGGGCCCGGCUGUGGCCGCCGCCUCGCGGCCUGGGGACCCGGACGGAGCGGCGCCCAACGUGGUGGCGCGGGUCUCGCAGUGGGCGGACGACCACCUGCGCCUCGUCCGGAACAUCAGCACCGUAAUGGCCGUAGCUGGAACAAUGUUACUUCUAAGAAGCAUCCGGAUGACAUCAAAAUUUACAAGUUCUUCAGAUAUUCCAGUAGAAUUUAUAAGAAAGAAUGUUAAACUACGUGGACGAUUACGCCGAAUAACUGAAGAUGGUUUAGAAAUUGAGCAUAUUCCCAUUACUUUACCUAUUAUAUCUUCAUGGAAAAAAGAGCCCUGUGGUGUUCUGCUGGUUAAGCUGGCAGGAGUAGAACUCACUGAAACUGGGAAGUUGUGGUUACAGGAAGAGUUGAAGCCUUCCCAACUGCUAUGGUUUCAACUUCUUGGAAAGGAGAAUUCAGCACUCUUUUGCUAUCUUCUAGUGAAUAAGGGUAGAUAUUUUAGUGUGAGUCUGAAUGAAGAAAUUUUGAGAAGAGGCCUUGGCAAAACUGUUCUUGUUAAAGGGCUAGAUUACGAUUCUAAAAUCUAUUGGACAAUUCACAAAAAAUUACUUAAAGCCGAAUUAACAGCCUUAAGAAAAGGAGAAGGAAUAUGGAAGGAAGAAUCUGAAGAAAGUUAUUUGGAAAAAUUCAAAGGCUCCUGGAGAGAAAUAUGGAAAAAAGACAGUUAUUUUAAAAAAAUCGGGUCAGAUUUCAAUUUGAAAAAAGAAAGUUACUAUGACAAAUUUAGAAGGAUUUAUGAAGCAUGGAAAGACAACAUAAAUAACUACUCCUUAAUACUGAAGUUCAGAGAACUUAUGAAUCGCAUACACUUCCGUAGAAAAGGAUGAAAUAUUCCAAGAGGUCUGGAGGUGACCCACCCAGAAAAGAGCAAAAUACGUUUUCAUUGAGUUGAAAUGGAAAUUUCUCCAAAUAAUUGAAGUUGCUACUCUAACGGUAUUUAAAUAUUUAAGACAUGAUUGUUUUAAAUGUAAUAUCAGAAUAAUUUAAGCAAUCUGUGCUUACUAUGCCUUGGGAAAAACGACAUACUCUAUAAUGUUACCAGGAUAAAGGUUGUAUUCCUGUAGUGUUAAUAUUUGAAGAGAGAGUUUAACUAUUGGAUACUGUUACUUUAGUUAUUUGGGGCAGCCAAAUUUAAUUUUGGUUGAAAGAGAAUAUCUGUUUAUUCUUCCAGUUUUGAUUACUUAUAAUAAAAUAACUCUUUAUA